CUGGAUGUCCAUGAAAGGCAGAGGAUCCAAAUACCAGAAAAGAGUGUCGUUUUCUGAGGAUGAAGAUGAGCAGUGCUGGAAAGAGGAGAACGGCGGUGUGGACGCACAUCACCUGAAAUCCGUCAAGACGGUCAGGGAUUCAUCGGGAUAUUACCGGUACAACAUGAAAUCUUCGGAUAGUUUCCCCCAUCGCAGGAUGACCCUACCGCGAGAAAAGGGCCGACGACAGGCGGUUCGUGGACCGGCGUUCAUGUUCAACGCCCGUGGCAGCAGCCUCGCGCCGGAGGAAGAGCGCUUUCUGGACGCGGCGGAGUACGGUAACAUCCCGGUGGUCCGGAAGAUGCUGGAAGAAUCACCCACGAUCAAUGUGAACUGUGUCGACUACAUGGGACAGAACGGGCUACAGCUGGCCGUCGGCAACGAACACCUGGAGGUCACCGAGCUGCUCCUGCGGCGAGACAACCUGGCCCGUGUCGGGGAUGCGCUCCUGCUGGCAAUUUCUAAAGGUUACGUGCGUAUCGUGGAGGCCCUGCUGGGACAUCCGUCCUUUGCGGGCGGCGAACGACUCACCCGCAGCCCCUGCGAGUUGCAAGACGACGACUUUUACUCGUACGACGAGGACGGCACACGGUUCUCGCCCGAUAUCACGCCUAUCAUCCUGGCUGCCCACUGCCAGAAAUACGAGGUCGUGCACAUGCUGCUGAUGAAGGGCGCCAGGAUCGAGCGGCCGCAUGACUACUUCUGCAAAUGCGCCGACUGCACGGAAAAGAAGAGGAAGGACUCGUUCAGUCACUCGCGCUCCAGGAUAAAUGCGUACCGCGGACUGGCCAGUCCGGCAUAUCUCUCUCUGUCCAGCGAAGACCCGGUACUGACCGCGCUGGAACUGAGCAAUGAGCUCACCAAACUCGCCAACAUCGAGAAAGAGUUUAAGGAUAAAAAGAACCGUAAUAAAGAGACAUCGCAGCACAAUGGCUUCUUUCUGAAUGACUACAGGAAGCUGUCUAUGCAGUGUAAAGACUUUGUGGUUGGCGUUUUGGAUCUGUGCAGGGACACGGAGGAGGUGGUGGCCAUCUUGAAUGGAGAUAUAUCCGCUGAACUCGAGGAAGGCCAGCAUCAUCGCUGCCUGCUCAGUCGAGUCAAACUGGCCAUUAAAUACGAGGUUAAGAAGUUUGUGGCUCAUCCGAACUGUCAGCAACAGUUGCUGACGAUCUGGUAUGAGAAUCUGUCUGGUCUUCGGGAGCAAACCAUUGCAGUGAAGUGUCUGGUGGUUUUGGUGGUGGCGCUAGGACUCCCUCUGCUAGCUGUGGGAUAUUGGUUUGCCCCAUGCAGUAAACUUGGUAAAAUACUACGCAGUCCUUUUAUGAAGUUUGUUGCUCAUGCGGCCUCCUUUAUCAUCUUCCUGUGUCUGCUGGUGUUCAAUGCAUCCGAUCGGUUUGAAGGCAUCACCACCCUUCCCAACGUCACCGUCACUGACCACCCGCUCCAGAUCUUCAGAGUCAAGACCACACAAUUCUCCUGGACAGAAAUACUGAUCAUGGUCUGGGUAGCAGGAAUGAUGUGGUCGGAGUGUAAGGAGCUCUGGACGGAGGGUCCGAGGGAAUAUAUCAUGCAGCUGUGGAAUGUUCUGGAUUUCGGCAUGCUUUCCAUCUUCAUCGCUGCAUUCACUGCCCGCUUUUUUGCCUUCCUACAGGCAAUGAAAGCCCAGGAGUAUGUGGAUGAGAACAUCCACGCUCCAGACCUCUCACUGGUCACGCUGCCGCCGGACAUCAAAUAUUUCACAUACGCGAGAGACAAGUGGCUUCCAUCGGAUCCUCAGCUGAUCUCUGAGGGUCUGUACGCCAUCGCUGUGGUCCUGAGCUUCUCUCGUAUCGCCUACAUCCUCCCGGCCAACGAGAGCUUCGGGCCGCUGCAGAUCUCUCUGGGACGAACUGUGAAGGACAUCUUCAAGUUCAUGGUCCUCUUCAUCAUGGUCUUCCUCGCAUUCAUGAUUGGCAUGUUCAUCCUUUACUCUUACUACCUGGGGGCAAAGGUUAACCCUGCCUUCACCACGGUUGAGGAGAGUUUUAAAACUCUCUUUUGGUCCAUAUUCGGGCUGUCUGAGGUGUCUUCUGUGGUGUUGAAAUACGAUCAUAAAUUUAUCGAGAACAUUGGCUAUGUGCUGUACGGGAUCUACAAUGUUACCAUGGUGGUGGUUCUGCUCAACAUGCUUAUUGCCAUGAUAAACAGCUCGUACCAGGAAAUAGAGGAUGAUGCAGAUGUGGAGUGGAAGUUCGCUCGGUCUAAACUCUGGCUCUCGUAUUUUGACAAUGGCAAGACUCUCCCGCCUCCGUUCAGCAUCGUCCCCAGCCCGAAGUCCUUCUAUCUAUGUAUCAAGAGACUGGUCAACCUGCUCCGGUGUCGCCCGCGCCGCCUGAAAAAAGACGUGGAGCUGGGCAUGGACAACUCGAAGUCCAGACUGAACCUCUUCACCCAGUCUAGCAUGAGGAUGCCAGACUCUCACAGCUUCAACAGCAUCCUAAAUCAACCCACACGCUAUCAGCAAAUUAUGAAGCGUCUCAUCAAACGCUAUGUACUGAAAGCACAAGUGGACAAAGAAAAUGAUGAAGUGAACGAAGGCGAGCUGAAGGAGAUCAAGCAGGAUAUUUCCAGUCUGCGAUAUGAGCUGCUGGAGGAGAAAUCUCAGGCCACAGAAGAACUCUCACUCCUCAUACAGAAACUCAGUGACAAACUCAACCCGCGACCUGUCCAUCCACACUGACACAAAUCAACGGUGAAGUCAUUCUUUAUGUGAAAUACUUUAUUCUAUUCCUCUUUAAUAUGCAGAGAUCCCGAGCUUUGU